GGCACGUCGCGUCGCGUCACCGGUCGCUCCGCUCCGCCGGCCUGUCGAGCUGCUCGUGCCCGGCUCGAGCUGGUCGCGCGCGGCGGCCGUUGACUGCAGUCACCGCUCGUGCAGGCGGAGGCUGUUGCUGCCGCCCGGGGCAGCCCAGCCCAGGCAUCGACCAGCGCCGCGCCUUGUGCAAGUACAAGUACAAGUGCAGAGCCGGGCUAACGGGGGCCCUGACAAGCGCGAUAACAAAUAACAUCCUCGCCGGCCCUGGGUGGCCGAGCCGGGACUCGGGACUCGCCGCCUGCUGCAGCUACUACUGCUGUUGUUGUUGUUGUUGUUGUUGUCGUCAGCCUUCACCGUGACCCUGCAAACACCGCCAGUGUUGAAAUAUGUUGCGGUGGUUGCUGGGAGGAAGGGAUGUGCAAGAACCAGUGGAGAAGUCACUGAUUCUAUGCUUAGGAGAUGACCAACCACAGAAUCCCUACACGGAGCUCCAGGUACUAAAAGGUCACAAUGAUAUUGUUCGCUUCAUGGUCUGGAUUGAUGAUACCAGAUUUGCCUCAGCAGGGGAUGAUGGAGUUGUGCUUUUAUGGAAUGUUCAGACUGGAGAGAGACUUCAUGAGCUGCGUGGCCAUUCUAGACCCAUCACAGGAAUUGCUCUUAUUCCAUUGACGUAUCAUUCACAGUCAGAAAGUUGUCAUCUUCUUACUGCUGCUUCUGAUAGGACAGUUAUGAUCUGGGAUUUAGACACGGGCAGCCAAAUCCAUUUGUUGGCAGACUUUCAGUCCUCUGUUAAGUGCCUGAAGGUUAUUGAAAGGCUUGAUGUAUGGCUGUCUGGAGCAGACAAAAUAUGCGUUUGGAAUAAUCGUGCAGAAUUGCUCUGCAAAACAACUUGUUUUAAAGAUGCAGAUGUGAGUUUAAUGAUUGAACUACCAAAAAACAACAUUGCUGCAGUAAUCAGGAAGGAGCUAAUUAUCUUCAAACUGGUAACAUCAUCAGAAUCUCACACUUGGGAAAUUACUGAGAUGCGAAGACUAUCAAACCAUGAAGAUGAUAUUAGAGCACUAAUCUCUAUAAAUGAUGAUACGUUCGCAACUGGAUCCCAUGUGGGUGAGCUGAUAAUUUGGGAUGCGCUGGACUGGUCAGUGAAGGGUUUUGAAUCCCAUUUCUGGAAUAUUACUUCACAGUCUGACAAACCAGCUGAGAUAAAGAUAUCGCGGACUCCGUAUCAGCAUGAAGCCUGCAUUCAUCAUCUGACUGCAGAUAGAGAGAAUAUUUUUGCUGCCAUUGGGACAGGAAUUUAUGUAUAUAAUCUUCAGACAAAGACUGUAAUUGCCUACCAACAAGUGGCACAUGAUUCACGAGUGUUGCAUAUUGCCAAGUUGCCAAACAGACAGUUGGUCUCCUGCUCUGUUGACGGCAGUGUUCGCCUCUGGGAAUUGCAAGAACUUCCUCCAGCAGAGCCUGCUACUUCAGGGAUUUUUAGUAUGUGGGGAAUUGGGAAGCCAAACAAACAGCAAACCCAAAUGGCAAAACGCAAGUUGGACUGUUCUGUGUUGAAGACAUUGGAGUUAACUGGUGAUUUGAUCGGUCAUUCAGGAGCAGUGCAAAUGUUCCUACAUUCUAAAGACCAUGGAAUAGUAACUUGUUCGACAGACCAUCUCAUCAUUUUAUGGAAGGAUGGAGAGAAGGAAUCGCAGUUAAGGAGCAAGGCAUUAUUCCACAAAUUAGAACAAGAUGAUGUGUGAUCUUGAGAUAAUUAUGAAGCAGAUGAAAUGAAUGUUAUACGAUGUCUCUAAGUGACCUGUGGAACGUAUAUUUCUGUAAAUUACUGAUAUUGCUAAUAGUUUUAAGGACCUCCCAAUGUGCUGCUUGUUGACUGGUUAUGUAUAUCCAUAAAUGUAUGUACAUUUUCUGCAAAGAUUACCCGUUUUACGUUAUAUUAACCUGGCACUGCAAACAUCACAGAAUGAAAAUUAUUUAUCGAAAGAAACUGGCAAUAAAACCCAGGCUUUCAUCAUAAAAUUAGUUUUUGUAUUUUAAACAUUUGUCAAAAACACCUUAUUGUGACACUGCCCCCUCCCCCCACCGUCUCUGUUGAUUUGAGAUUGUAAAAUAAUGUUAAAUAAAGGUGCUUUCAAAAUUA